AUGGUCAAGUCGGACGUCCGGAGGGACUACUAUGCGGACCUGGGUCUUGCUCCCAGUGCAGAGUCGGAGGACAUCAAAAAGCAAUUCAGAAAACUAGCUCUCAAAUACCACCCUGAUAGGAACCCCGGAAAGGAGCUGGAAUUCAACGCCAAGUUUCAAGCUAUCCAGGCGGCCCAUGAGAUUCUCGGUGACCCCCAACAACGGUUGAAAUACGACACGGAUCGCUUGCGUGCUGGGUAUGGCAAGUUUUACGGACCCCCGAAAGCGAAUACCUCUCGAAAAGCCCCGGCAAACCCCUACACAUCUUCGCCCACUGCGAAAGCCCAAAGUCAGAAGCCAUUCCCCGGUCGUCCUACGUCGUUCCAAAAUGGCCCGUCGACCGGUGCGCAACGAUAUGCAAGCUAUGCGCGAGCAGCGCCCCAGCAAUCGUGGCAGAAGAAGCAGGAUGAGGGACAAACCAGGGCUGAUGCGUUUCGUGGAUUCCAGGAUAUGAAGGGUAAUGCGAAUAUGCCCGGCUGGGCUCAAUUCGACCCCCGGACUGGACGAUCAGGCCAUCCAGGUGCCGCUCCCCGUGCUAAUGCUACUCCCAAUGGACAAUCUGCGAGGCCCAAAUCGGCCUAUGAAUACUUUAAGACUUCCCCCAAAACAGCAGGUCCGGAUCCAUCUCGUUCGCAGUCGACGAAGAAGAAACAAGGAUUUGCACCACGGGGUGCAGGUGGUGAUGAGCCCAUGGCCACGAAUACUUCGGCAUAUAGCAAUACCCCUCGGGGUGAGCGUUUUCAGGCAUCGGACCCGUUCUUUGAAUCCGUUCCUUCACCGACCGCGAGGAAAUCAGCUGCAGCGUUUGGAACUCGACGUGCCCCGGAUCUGGAAAGGUCCAGCAGCAAGUACGCCACCUCUGGGGGUGAGAGGACCUUCUUCUCUAGUGCCGGGCUCGGGCGUUCUCCAAGUGCGCGCGCCUCCCCUGGGAGUCCCAAGUCUCGUUCGCGGACGAACCCAUCCAGCCCAUCAUCACCGCGGAGCAGUAGGCAUCGCAGCGCAAGUCCCCAUACCAAAGCAAACAGAGACCGGGCCUUUUCUUCCUCAACAAGCUCCAGUGAUACCGAGGAUGAUGGUUUGCAUCCAUACCGUAAACCAAAGGCAGUCCCUAAAAGCAGACUCCGGCCCAAUCAGAAGUUCGCCGACUUUCGUCCCCAGCAAGACUGGAACCCCGGAACUGGUGAGCAUCCUUCCUCUACCCGUUCCAAGCACCAAGGCUCUCGGAAUUCCUUUUGGACACGAAGUCGUCUGGACGACUGGAGACCACGGAGCGUCCAGGAGUACGUCUAUUACUAUUCAGUUGCUGACCGAGAUUAUGUGAAAGGCCAUGAUUCGGAUAGUGCUGCCUCCCCUAGGAACGUAUUUGCUGGAAAAUACUCGUCUGGACCUAAGGAUCCAUUUGUUAGCUCAUCCAAAAAUGCUGAUGUACCACAAAACGGAACCUUCAAAAGCAGUAGCCAUGGAAAUCUGCGCACUGAAUUUUCUGCACAGGAUUGGCAAGGUGCUUUUCAGCAGGGAUUUAGUUUCUUUGCCCCAAGCCCGGCAGAGAAAGAUACGAGCCGACCUUCGUCUAACCGUGGGCGAACUGCAGCCAGGAACCCUGCCUGGGCAGGCCAGUCGGCGGACUCAUCUAGCCAAGGUUCUCCACGCCCUGCAUCGACUUCUCAACAGCCUACUCCUUUCACCGACAUGAAAUUCUCGGCAGAUGACUGGGUCGAACGGUUUAAGAAUCUCUCGUGGGCUGUACCCAACACCGAUGGAGCCAAACCGAAAGCGAACCCUCAGCCUUCAAGUUCAAGAAGCCCUAAGAAACAGACGAGACACACCAAGUCGCGCUCGGUUCCGCAGUCAGCCAGCGUCUCAACGGAGGCUGAUGAAGCAAAAGCCACCGUCGAUGGUGAUAGUGGGCGUGAUUCGAGUAAGGGUGCUGAUGGAGAUGUGGAGGCUAUGGAUGUCGAUGAUGAACGCCCUGCCAAGAACCUUUCUCCAAACUCAAGACCAAAGAAGACUCCAGGAAAGAGAAGACAAUCUAAAUCUAGACCGUCAUCAAGCGAAGAUAGCAAGGGAAAGAGUCCCAAGUCGAAGUCGAAGCCGAAGAGUCACUUGUUCAGCAUGAAGAACCUCGAAAAGACAGUGCCGUUUACAAACACGAAUAGUGGUGGUAUCGAUGAUCUGCAGGAUAUCGAAGCGACGCUUCCGUCCGAAUCGCGGGCUAAGAAUCCAACUACGACGAUUCGAGAUAUUCGUCCCCGAGAGCUGAACUGUCCGAACCCACCUCGACGACCUCGACGGCCGACAUUGAUUCCCGUCAGCGCAGGGUCCCAGCAAUUGGCCCUACCCCGGAAUGCAUGGGACCGGUACGUGGCUGAAAUGAACACGUACAUGCGGGAGUGGAAUGACUUUAAUCGACGAUUUCUGCGCCAUUUCAGUGCACGACAGGACGCCAUUGAGACCGGGUUGGCUCCGAACUGGAUCAACUCCGUGGGAGACUCGGCCCGGAUCAAGAUCGACGGACAAGAUGAUCUAGAUGAUGGCAACACGAAAGGUGAUGGCGAUGAGAGUGACGAGGAGCUCGUGUCUGGCAGUGCCAAGGGAGGCUACAGUGCGUAUCUACGCGGAUUGGAAGAAGAUGUUAAAGUACGGAAGCAUUGGGAGGUAGCAUGCGAACUGCACCAGGAGUGCAUUGUGGAACUGGGACAGAUGCGGGAAUGGAUUCUCAAUGGAGGGAAAGUUGUGUAA